UUUAUUCAUAGUAAGACUAUUAUUAAUCUGUAAGUCUUAAUAAAAUUUUUCAAAGAAAGAUCAACCCAGAACAGAGGUACAUAGAAUAUUCAUUUCGUGACAGACAACGAUUUGAAAUCGGACCCAAGCUCUUCGCGGGAUUUUCAAAAACAAAAAAUGGCGACCUCCUCUGAAGGUUGAAGUGAGUUGUCUAAAAAUUUUACCAUUUUGUUAACAAAAAUGAGUAAACGAAAAGCGCCUGAACAGAACCCAAACAGUGAUUUUUGCGAUUUCCUUACCGAGCUUGCAGAAUACGAAAAGAACGUGUCAAGACAAAUACACAAGCAUAAUGCAUACAGGAAAGCUGCAUCAGUAUUAGCAAAGCACCCGACUCGAAUAAAAAAUGGACAGGAGGCACGUAAAUUGCCUGGGAUUGGAGAUAAGAUUGGGAAAAAGAUAGAUGAGUUUAUCAAAACAGGAAAGUUGGAAAAACUUGAAAAGAUCAGAGCAGAUGACACUACAAAAGCCAUACAGGAGCUGACAAGAGUGUCUGGUAUUGGGCCUGCUGUGGCACGCAAGCUUGUAGAAGAUGGAGUAGCAACAGUAGAAGGUCUGAAAAAGGUUCAAGAACGUCUUAAUCACCAUCAGAAGAUUGGACUCAAAUAUCUUGAGCAAUUUGAGAAGCGUAUACCAAGGGAUGAGAUGCUGCAACUUCAGGAAAUAAUCUUAAAGAAGAUAGAGAAGUUUAACAAGGAUGUAAUCCCAACAGUUUGUGGAAGUUUUAGGAGAGGUGCUUCUUCUAGUGGCGACAUUGACGUAUUAGUGACACACCCUUCGUUUGUGUCUACAGAUACUGACUUUGACAAGAAGGCUCUUAUGCGUGGUAUUGUUGACACGCUGACAAAAGCAGGGUUUGUGACGGAUUCAAUAUCCCUCGGUGAUACUAAGUUUAUGGGGGUCUGUAUUCUACCGAAAUCAGAAGAACCAUUACAUAGAAGGAUCGAUAUCAGGUUAAUCCCUAAUGAUCAGUACUUCUGUGGGAUUUUGUACUUCACUGGCAGUGACGAAUUUAACAGAAGAAUGCGACACGAAGCGCUAGAGAAAGGUUUCACUCUAAAUGAAUAUUCUAUAAGGCCACUGGGAAGUACAGGUGUACCGGGCGAACCGAUUCCAGUUUCAAGCGAAGAAGAGAUAUUUGAAAUUAUUGGCAUGGAUUACAAUGAACCGUCUGAGAGAAAUCUUUGAGGAAAAAUUGCCUCUCAAAAGCCAU